GAGCAGGAAGUGUCGAACAGCAACUGAGCCCUAGGGAAGCAGGCUGGAGUGUGAGCAACACGGUCACCUGCGACCUAAUUACUCAAGAGCUGUCCCCAAGUCACAGGAGGGGAGAGGAUCUUUCCUGCUGAGUCUGUCUAGAAGACAAUACACCCCACAGCUCAACACAGCCUGGAGAGAAAACUGACCAGCACUGAGGACACCACCCAGAGCCAAGCCAAGCAAUGGCCCUUCCUGGAGAACACCCGGCCUGACGGGGCAAGAGAACACUUGCUGACUUGCUGGAGAACAAUGAAAAGGAGAAAACUGUGACUGAGCCUCAAACUCAAAACCAACUGAGGUGGACCAUAUUCUCCCAGAGGCCCAGGGCUGGCCGUGACCCCUGGUAGGGAGAAGCCUUGGAUAUUUCUGCUUCAGAAACCUUUUGGGGAAGGUUGAGGGGCCCCAGCUCCCCACGGCUGGCUGCUGUGCAGAUGCUGGAUGACAGAGCCAGGAUGGAGGCCGCCAAGAAGGAGAAGGUGGAGCAGAUCCUGGCGGAGUUCCAGUUGCAGGAGGAGGACCUGAAAAAGGUGAUGAGGCGGAUGCAGAAGGAGAUGGACCGAGGCCUGAGGCUGGAGACCCACGAGGAGGCCAGUGUGAAGAUGCUGCCCACCUAUGUGCGGUCCACCCCAGAAGGCUCAGAAGUCGGGGACUUCCUCUCCCUGGACCUAGGUGGCACCAACUUCAGAGUGAUGCUGGUGAAGGUGGGAGAGGGCGAGGGGGGACAGUGGAGCGUGAAGACCAAGCACCAGAUGUACUCCAUCCCUGAGGACGCCAUGACUGGCACUGCUGAGAUGCUCUUCGACUACAUCUCCGAGUGCAUCUCCGACUUCCUGGACAAGCAUCAGAUGAAGCACAAGAAACUGCCCCUGGGCUUCACCUUCUCCUUUCCCGUGAGGCACGAAGACAUCGACAAGGGCAUCCUUCUCAACUGGACCAAAGGUUUCAAGGCCUCGGGAGCAGAAGGGAACAAUGUCGUGGGGCUUCUGAGAGACGCCAUCAAACGGAGAGGGGACUUUGAAAUGGAUGUGGUGGCAAUGGUGAAUGACACAGUGGCCACAAUGAUCUCCUGCUACUACGAAGACCGCCAGUGCGAGGUCGGCAUGAUUGUGGGCACAGGCUGCAACGCCUGCUACAUGGAGGAGAUGCAGAACGUGGAGCUGGUGGAGGGGGAUGAGGGCCGCAUGUGUGUCAACACCGAGUGGGGCGCCUUCGGGGACUCUGGCGAGCUGGAUGAGUUCCUGCUGGAGUAUGACCGUCUGGUGGACGAGAGCUCUGCGAACCCCGGUCAGCAGCUGUACGAGAAACUCAUAGGCGGCAAGUACAUGGGCGAGUUGGUGCGUCUCGUGCUACUCAGGCUUGUGGACGAGAACCUGCUCUUCCACGGCGAGGCCUCCGAGCAGCUGCGCACGCGCGGCGCCUUCGAGACGCGCUUCGUGUCGCAGGUGGAGAGCGACUCGGGGGACCGCAAGCAGAUCCACAACAUCCUGAGCACGCUGGGCCUGCGACCCUCGGCCACGGACUGCGACAUCGUGCGCCGCGCCUGCGAGAGCGUGUCUACGCGCGCCGCGCACAUGUGCUCGGCGGGGCUGGCUGGCGUCAUCAACCGCAUGCGCGAGCGCCGCAGCGAGGACGUGAUGCGCAUCACCGUGGGCGUGGACGGCUCCGUGUACAAGCUGCACCCCAGCUUCAAGGAGCGGUUCCACGCCAGCGUGCGCAGGCUGACGCCCAGCUGCGAGAUCACCUUCAUCGAGUCAGAGGAGGGCAGCGGCCGUGGCGCGGCCUUGGUCUCGGCAGUGGCCUGUAAGAAGGCCUGCAUGCUGAGCCAGUGAGAGCAGAAACCUCGAAAGCAGGGAGGAGGCCACAGCUCCACGGGACGCAGUCUCCACGGGGACAGGGCUCCACGGGGACAUUGCUCCCCAGAGGUGCUCCCAGCCUGGCCAGGAUAGGGACCCUGGCCUUGUACGGUCCCUGGAUGUCUCCCAUCCCACUGGGGAACGGAGCAGGCCUCUUCUCUCAGAGCUGGUCAGUGGGACAGCCCUAAGGCCCUAACUGUGGCGGAGGAGGGCUGGGAGGAGCGGGAGCAGAGACUCCCAAAGCCCCUCACCUUUCUUGCUGUAAUCAACUACCCAGAAGGGAGUUGCUCACUCAGGACUUUGUUGCUUUCCACACUGCCUGCCUCUUAGAGUCGUCAGCCUGGCCUGGGCCCUCCCUGACUCUGGGAAGGAGGCACCCUCUGGACUCUGCUGUGGCUUGACUUCCCUGGGAACUCAUCCUGUGUGGGGAGGCAGCCCCAGCAGCUUGGCCAGACCUAGACCUGAGCCCACAGGGAGCCAGUGCUGCUGAUCACCUCGGGCCUGGCCACUGUCUUGCCGGAGGCUUAGGAGGCCCAGGGAGCCCAGGGAGGGUUCCAUGGAGGAGAUGUCCCAAGCUGUGGAUAUACCCGGAGACCUUUUCGCUCCCAUACCCCCAUCCCUGAGUGGUUUGUGGCUCUGGGACAGACUCUUACAGUAGGUGAAGAGACAGAGCCCCCAAGCCCCUGCCCACAAGGCCCACGGGGAAGAGGGCCAGCCCUGCAUCUUCGGCUCCCACAGUGCUGGUCCAGGAAGAAACCCCGAGCAGCAUUUGGUCCGCCCCCGAGGGAACAUCCAGGUCCUCUCGUCCUCACCAACCCUCCCACAAACCAUGACACCCUCUCCUUGCCCAAGCUGAGACUGUGUGGGUUUUUUAAUUAAAAGUUUUUAAUGUUUUAAA